AUGCGAAACUCUAAAACUAGGUCCUCAUUAAAUGUAUCUUUAUCAACUAAUGAAUCUUCUUUUCGAUGGCAAAAAUGUUCUCAAUGCUUAAAAUCGACACCGUGCACUGUCGAUAAUCAUCAAUGUUCCGAAGAAUUAGAUGGCUUAUUUGUGGAACGUAAUCGAGCAAGACUUCUGAUCCAAGAACAUAAAACUGACUAUUUCAAAGACUUUACAUUACCUUCAUUUAUGCAUACGGAUUGUAUAUUUAUAUCUCCAGAAACUAUGCGUCUACUUGAAGAUAUGCAUCGAAAUGAACAUGCUCUCCUUAUAGCAAUAACAAAAGAUCAACAAAGAUCAUUAAGAAUUGGUUUACUUUGGCCAAACUCAGUGCUAGCCGAUAAUCAAGUAGCUAUUAGUCGUACUGUGAUUGAUCAAUUUUCUGAACAACAAAUGAUUGAGAUUCAAGCUAUUCCAAAAGAUCAUAUUCAAGAUACGGCUAAUAUUACGUUGAGUGCGGUUACCCCUUGCGAAUCGUACAGCACAAAUGAACGUCGUUUAAUCACAAUAUGCUUAAAGUAUCAAUUAGCGAAUCGAAUAGUUUUUUAUGGACAACAAAUAGAUUUUGUUUAUAUUGGUCAAUCAAUUACGUUUCGUAUUGAACAACCAGAUAAUGACAUAAAUCUAAUGAAUUCACUUCAUUCUCUUUCACUGGAUGGUAAUCUUCCAAGUUUUUAUCGAAUUUCUCCAUCGAUAACUUCAAUUAAUAUACAUUUUGAAUCUACGACAUUAAAUAAGAACAAUCAAGUUAAAUCUAUUUCAUUGUCGGAUAUUGGUGGUUUGAAAAAGGAGAAGUCCGAGUUAAUUGAUCUUUUUCUUUCGUCCGCAACAAAUUAUAUUUUACCACGAGGAAUUCUUCUUCAUGGUCCAAAAGGAUGUGGUAAAACUAUGCUUAUUAAUGCCAUUGCACAUGAAAUAUCAGCAAGCAUAAUUCGUAUAAAUCCAUCAGAUGUUUAUAGUCGGCAUUAUGGUGAAAGUGAAACAAAACUUAAACAAUUGUUUGCUCAAACAACGACGGCAAAGAAUGAAAAUGUAAAUAAAAAAUAUUUACUAGUAGUUGAAAAUAUUGAAAGUCUUUGUCCGAAACAAGAACGUAUAACACAACAAUUAGAACGAAGAUUAACAACAACAUUUAUUGAAUUAUUAGAUCGAUAUUUAGAUGGACAAAAAAUAUUUUUAAUAGCAACAACAAGUCGACUGGAUUCUGUUGAUACAGAUUUGAGACGUCCAGGCCGGAUUGAUGAAGAAAUUGAAAUUGGAAUACCGAAUCAGCAAGAUCGACUUGAAAUUUUAAUAGUCAAAUUAGAAAAAAUAUCAAACGAUCUUAAUGAUGAAGAAUUAAAAUUAAUUGCAGAAAGAACACAUGGUUUCAGUGGAUCGGAUUUAGAAAAUUUAUGCAGAAAAGCAAACAAUUACGCCAGAAAAAAUAAACAAACAAACAUAAAUUUAAAUAUCGAACACUUUGAACAUGCUUUAACUGUUAUUCGACCAAGCAGUAUGCGUGAAGUUAUACUUGAAGUACCGAAAGUGAAAUGGUCAGAUAUAGGUGGUCAACAUGAACUAAAACAACGUCUCGAAGAAAUGGUUGUUUGGCCGUUAAAAUAUUCUCAAGCGCUUGACCGACUCAAUGUUCAAGUGCCGAAAGGUAUUUUAAUGUAUGGUCCACCUGGCUGUUCAAAAACGAUGGUUGCAAAAGCUAUUGCUACUGAGUCGGAUCUUAAUUUUAUUGCUGUUAAAGGACCAGAAUUAUUUAGCAAAUGGGUUGGUGAAUCAGAACGAGCUGUACGAGAAUUAUUUCGUCGUGCACGUCUUGCUGCACCAGCAAUAAUAUUUUUCGAUGAAAUAGAUGCUAUUGCUAAUUCCCGAUCAAAUUCAUCGAAUUCGCAGUCCAAUGUCAGUGAUCGUGUUAUUGCUACACUUCUUAUUGAAAUGGAUGGUAUUGAAAAAUUAAAAGGUGUAACAAUUAUUGCAGCUACAAAUCGACCCGAUUGUAUUGAUCCAGCAUUGAUGCGACCUGGACGUUUUGAUCGUCUAGUUUAUGUUCCACUACCCGAUGAACAAACACGCCUAGAAAUCUUUGAAAUUCGAUUUCGUUCUUCACCUAUUCAUUCAAAUAUUCAAAAAGAACGUUUAGUUGAAUUAACGAAAAAUUAUUCAGGUGCAGAAAUAGCUGCUGUUUGUGACGAGGCCGCUUUGAUUGCUUUACGUGAUAAUAUCGAUGCUCCUUAUAUUGAAUGGCAACAUUUUGAACGUGCAUUAAUGUCAGUUAAACCAAGAACCAGUGAGGAACAUAUAAGAAGACUUGAUGCAUUCACAAAACAACAUGGCAAAUGA